ACCUGUGCGAGGAGCCGGUGGAGGGAGAGCAGGCAGGCCCAGCUUAUGUGCCAGCCCAGUGACAGACAUAAAAGCGUAAAUCAGGCUGAGGAUGGUGCGUCCGGGCGCUCACGUGUAUAUAGACCCGCCGGCGUGUCUAUCUGCCGUGUUGGUACCUGUAGUGUGAGUGGCUCUGGGCGUGGCUGCGCGUAGGACGUUCAGUUUCUGUAAGAUUUAUCUCGAGGGGCCUACCUUUCCCUGGCUCCAGAGGGGGAACGUAAGAAGUUUAACGGAGCCGAGUCUAAGCAGAUUAAGGGAACAGCGGCUGGGCCGGAGAGGGUGCGGACUGCAGGUGCUGGGGGCUAGGGAACCACGUCUUUGCCCCGUCUCCCCCGGCAGAAAGGCCUUUUGGCAAGACUGGUGUGACAAAGGUGGCCCUGAAGUGCGAGAGAGCCCGGGCAAUUAUGAUCGCUGAGUGAGUGGCCCUGGGCUGAGCCUGAGCCGUUGACUGAUAGAAAGGGAUGCUAGCAGUUAGGAAGGUAAGGAGGCAACUCUGGAUGGGGACAAUCUGUUCCCCCAGUCCCGGCGGGACAAAGACAUUGGAGGUCUGCAACGCUGACUGGAUGGCCUCGCUACCUCCUCUCCUCCACAACGUCCCCCUUUCCAAUCUGGCAAUCCCAGGCUCCCAUGAUUCAUUCAGUUACUGGGUAGACGAAAAGUCCCCAGUGGGGCCUGACCAAACCCCAGCUAUCAAACGCCUCGCCAGGAUCUCCUUGGUAAAGAAGCUCAUGAAGAAAUGGUCUGUGACUCAGAACCUGACAUUCCGAGAACAGCUGGACGCUGGGAUCCGCUACUUCGACCUGCGUGUGUCUUCCAAACCAGGGGAUGUCGACCAGGAAAUCUACUUCAUUCACGGGCUUUUUGGCAUCAGGGUCUGGGAUGGGCUGAUGGAGAUUGACUCGUUCCUCACACAGCACCCCCAAGAGAUUGUCUUCCUGGAUUUCAACCACUUCUAUGCCAUGGACGAGGCCCAUCACAAACGCCUGAUUCUCCGGAUCCAGGAGGCCUUUGGGAACAAGCUGUGCUCAGCCUGCAGUGUGGAGAGUAUGACGCUCCAGAGGCUGUGGGAGAAGAAGUGCCAGGUUCUCAUCUUCUAUCACUGUCCCUUCUACAAGCAAUACCCCUUCCUAUGGCCUGGAAAGAAGAUCCCAGCACCCUGGGCAAAUACCACAAGUGUGCGCAAGCUCAUCCUCUUCUUGGAGACCACGCUGAGUGAGCGCUCUCCCCACGGAUCCUUCCAUGUGUCUCAAGCGAUCCUCACGCCCAGAGUGAAGACCAUCGCCCGGGGCCUGGUUGGCGGCCUCAAGGACACACUGGUCCAUAGGAAUCUUCCUGCCAUACUGGACUGGGUGAAGACUCAGAAGCCUGGAGCCCUGGGUGUCAACAUCAUCACGUCUGACUUCGUGGACCUGGUGGACUUUGCCACAGCUGUCAUUGAACUGAAUGACCUCCUACAGGAGGAUAGAGCUUUGGCUAAAUGCUGAUUUAACUUGCUAUUUAACUUAAUAUUGAAGUUGUUGAUCCAGGCUAGAGUUCUGAAGGGUUUCUUGUUAAGUUGGCCCCUGGGCAGUGAUGGUGAAGGGAGUCAGAGGAGGGGACAUUUUUUUUUCCCCUCCUCACAGGGCCAUUUGGAUAA